GAAUCCCCUUCUGGUCGAAGGAAAGCUCUGGCUACUAGCAGCAUCAACAUGAAACAGUAUGCAAGCCCUAUGCCAACUCAGACUGAUGUCAAAUUAAAAUUCAAGCCAUUGUCUAAAAAAGUUGUAUCUGCCACUCUCCAGUUUUCAUUAUCUUGCAUUUUCCUUAGGGAAGGAAAAGCCACGGAUGAAGACAUGCAAAGUUUGGCUAGUUUGAUGAGUAUGAAGCAGGCUGACAUUGGCAAUUUAGAUGACUUUGAAGAAGAUAAUGAAGAAGAUGAUGAGAACCGAGUGAACCAAGAGGAAAAGGCAGCAAAAAUUACAGAGCUUAUCAACAAACUUAACUUUCUGGAUGAAGCAGAAAAGGACUUGGCCACUGUGAAUUUAAACCCAUUUGGUGAUCCUGAUGUAGCAGAAUUAAAUCCAUUUGGAGAUCCUGACUCAGAAGAACCAGUCACUGAAACAGCAUCACCUAAAAAAACAGAAGAAUCUUUUUAUAAUAAUAGCUAUAAUCCCUUUAAAGAGGUACAGACUCCACAGUAUUUGAACCCAUUCGAUGAGCCAGAAACUUUUGUAACUAUAAAGGAUUCUCCUCCCCAGUCUACAAAAAGAAAAAAUGUAAGACCUGUGGACAUGAGCAAGUACCUCUAUGCUGAUAGUUCUAAAACAGAAGAAGAAGAGUUGGAUGAAUCUAAUCCUUUUUAUGAACCUAAACCAACUCUUCCUCCAAAUAAUUUGGUAAAUCCAAUUCAAGAACUGGAAACUGAAAGGAGAGUGAAAAGAAAAGCCCCAGCCCCACCAGCCCUCUCACCAAAGAUAGGAGGAUUAAAUGAAAACACAAUUAUUUCUUCAGGAAGAGAUCUCUCCACUUCUCCUAAGCCAAGUCCUAUACCAAGUCCUGUUUUGGGGCGAAAGCCAAAUGCUAGUCAGUCAUUGCUUGUAUGGUGCAAAGAAGUUACAAAAAACUACCGGGGAGUGAAAAUCACCAAUUUUACUACAUCAUGGAGAAACGGUUUAUCUUUUUGUGCAAUAUUACACCACUUUAGACCAGAUUUAAUUGACUACAAGUCUCUGAAUCCUCAAGAUAUUAAAGAGAACAACAAAAAGGCAUAUGAUGGAUUUGCCAGCAUAGGAAUUUCCCGGUUGUUGGAACCUUCUGAUAUGGUUUUAUUAGCAAUCCCUGACAAGCUGACUGUUAUGACUUAUCUUUAUCAAAUCAGGGCACAUUUCAGUGGCCAAGAGCUGAAUGUUGUCCAGAUAGAGGAAAACAGCAGUAAAAGCACAUAUAAAGUUGGAAACUAUGAAACGGAUACAAAUAGUUCUGUUGAUCAGGAAAAAUUUUAUGCAGAGCUUAGUGAUCUGAAACGGGAGCCUGAAAUGCAACAGCCUACCAGUGGAGCAGUAGACUUCUUGUCGCAAGAUGACUCUGUAUUUGUAAAUGAUAGUGGGGUUGGAGAGUCAGAAAGUGAACAUCAGACUCCUGAUGAUCAUCUUAGUCCAAGCACAUCCUCCCCUUACUGUCGCAGGACUAAAAGUGACACAGAACCCCAAAAGUCCCAGCAGAGCUCUGGAAGGACUUCAGCAUCCGAUGACCCUGGAAUAUGUUACAAUACAGACUCAAUCCACGCACAAGUUUUGUUAGGCAAGAAGAGACUCCUGAAAGUGGAGACCUUAGAAUUAACUGACUUAUAUGUUAGUGAUAAGAAGAAGGAUGUGUCUCCACCCUUUAUUUGUGAGGAGACAGAGGAACAAAAGCUUCCGACUCCAGAAAUCAGUAAUAACUUGGAGAAGGAAAAAUUAGAGAAUUCUAGACCCUUAGAAUGCAGAUCAGAUCCUGAAUCUCCUAUCAAAAAACCAAGUUUAUCUCCCACUUCCAAACUUGGAUACUCAUACAAUAGAGAUGCAGACCUUACAAAGAAAAAACGUACUUCCCUGAGGCAGACAGAGUCUGAUCCAGAUGCUGAUAGAACCACUUUCAAUCAUGCAGAUCAUUCCACAAAAACAGUCCAGCAUCGAAUGUUAUCCAGACAAGAAGAACUUAAAGAAAGAGCAAGAGUUCUGCUUGAGCAAGCAAGAAGAGAUGCAGCUCUAAAGGCAGGGAAUAAGCAGAAUACCAACGCAGCCGCACCACUCUGCAACAGGCAGCUAAGUGAUCAGCAAGAUGAAGAGCGACGUCGGCAGCUGAGAGAGAGAGCUCGUCAGCUAAUAGCAGAAGCUCGAUCUGGAGUGAAGAUGUCAGAACUUCCCAGCUAUGGUGAAAUGGCUGCAGAAAAGUUGAAAGAAAGGUCAAAGGCAUCUGGAGAUGAAAAUGAUAAUAUUGAGAUAGAUACUAACGAGGAGAUUCCUGAAGGCUUUGUUGUAGGAGGUGGAGAUGAACUUACUAACUUAGAAAGUGACCUUGAUACUCCUGAACAAAACACUAAGUUGGUGGACUUGAAGCUAAAGAAGCUCCUAGAGGCUCAGCCACAGGUGGCAAAUUCACUCUCCAGUGCUGCACAGAAGGCUAUAACUGAGACCUCAGAGCAAGACAUUAAGAACGGCACAGAAGAUCUCCGGACUGAGCGAUUACAAAAAGCAACAGAACGAUUUAGAAAUCCUGUUGUGUUUAGCAAGGAUUCUACAGUCAGAAAAACUCAACUGCAGUCUUUCAGUCAAUAUGUUGAGAAUAGACCAGAGAUGAAAAGGCAGAGAUCAAUACAGGAAGAUACAAAGAAAGGAAAUGAGGAGAAGGCAGCGAUAACUGAAACUCAGAGGAAGCCAUCAGAAGAUGAAGUGCUUAAUAAAGGGUUCAAAGACACCAGUCAGUAUGUUGUAGGAGAAUUGGCAGCACUAGAGAAUGAGCAAAAGCAAAUUGACACCCGUGCCGCGCUGGUGGAGAAGCGCCUUCGCUAUCUCAUGGACACAGGAAGGAACACAGAAGAAGAAGAAGCUAUGAUGCAGGAAUGGUUUAUGUUGGUUAAUAAGAAAAAUGCUUUAAUAAGGAGAAUGAACCAGCUUUCUCUCCUGGAAAAAGAGCAUGAUUUAGAACGACGGUAUGAGCUGCUGAAUCGGGAAUUGCGGGCGAUGCUAGCCAUUGAAGACUGGCAGAAAACCGAGGCCCAGAAGCGACGCGAGCAGCUCCUGCUGGAUGAGCUGGUGGCCCUGGUGAACAAGCGCGACGCCCUCGUCAGGGACCUGGACGCGCAGGAGAAGCAGGCUGAAGAGGAAGAUGAGCAUUUGGAGCGAACUCUGGAGCAAAACAAAGGCAAGAUGGCCAAGAAAGAAGAGAAAUGUGUUCUUCAAUAGCAGCCGGACCAGAAUCUCCCAACAUUUUAAUCCUGGGUCCCCAGACCAGAAAAUGUCAGACUCGUUGUUGAUUUAAAACUUUUAACAUUUUUGGGGGCUGGAUCGUACUUCUUUACCACCACCACCGCCACCCCUUUUCCUCCCUCCUUUCCAGAUAAUAUACAAAAUUCCAAAAUAGCAUUGUUUAAGGAUUUUUUUGUGUGUGAGUUAAUCAUUUCCUUGAAAUCAUGUGAAAUAAAUUUGCACAGAUACCUUGUGAGUGAUUGGUAUUGAGAGUGUUCAAGAGACUGUUCAAAGAAGAAAGAAAAAAACCUUUCUCAUUAUUUUAACUCAGUUUUUUGAUGGGAGAAAUAUUUGGAACAUUUCGUUGUUGCUGUUGUUGUUGUUGUUAAUAGCAUAAAUGGUGGGGGGAGGGGUAAGUAGGGGGUAAGAGAAAUGUCAUGAAUGAUUUUUUUCCAAUCCUGCCAUAUGUAACACUUGACUCUUACCUAAAUUUUAUAGUUAGAUCAUAUUCAAUCUACUUAUUAAACUGUGUUCUAUUUA